UUGAACCGUACGUGAAGCAGGCUGUCCUCUCCGUGAUAUAUAUCACAAAGAAACACGGAACGUAACACUUUUAUUUCACAACAACGCAAUUUUUAAAUAAUUGACGUGGUCAUGACUCCUACUGCCAACCCAGCCUGCAGCGAUUUCAGCUCAGAUUCUGAGAGUCCGCUGGAUGAAGGAAUAACGCUUUAAAUCACUCUUUCACUCACUGGAGAGGAGAUUUGCUGAAUGAAACUUUGAACCUUUUCUUCUGGAGGGGUUAGAUAAGCACACAUGGGUGCCUGUUCAUUAAAAUAACCGAGUUUCUGCCACUUACACGGACCUCUGGAUGGGACGAAGAUAAAAUGUGUGGUCACCUGAAGAUCCCGGUCGGGAGGUUAGCAACAAUGUCAGGGGUCGCUCGUUUUGGAAAAUGAUUACUGGAAGCACCGACGGAAAAAUAAUGGUCAGAAGAUGUCUAGUGACGUUCAAACCGUUCAGGAUAUUCGUGGUGGGAAUUGGCUUCUUCAGCCUGUGCUUUCUAAUGACCUCUCUGGGGGGGCAGUUCUCAGCCAAGAGACUGGGGGACUCCCCCUUCACCAUCCGCACAGAAGUGCUGGGAGGCGUGGAGUCACGUGGGGUGCUGAGGAAGAUCAGUGACAUGCUGGAGGUGAUUCUGAAGAGGAUGGACAGCCUGUCCAAACUCGACAACACGUCCACCACCGACGCACGACGUCUCGACGAGCUCAGCUCUGCUAUCAACAGGUUUCAACCAGCUGGCCUGGUGGAGAGGAUCCAAGCUAUAGCCCAGAAUGUGUCAAACAUGGCCAUCAGAGUGGAGCAGAUUCUGCAGAACAGUAUGGUGCAAGGAAGAGCUGUGAGAGACGGGACAUCAGGCCAGUGUGAAGUACCAAGAGAUCCCCGCUUUCCAGAGUGUCCUGGGAAAGUAGAUUGGAUGCGUGCGCGUUGGACCUCAGACCCCUGCUAUGCCUUCUACGGUGUUGAUGGCUCUGACUGCUCCUUCCUCAUCUACCUGAGUGAGGUGGAGUGGUUCUGCCCCCCUCUGGCCUGGAGGAAUCACAGCAGCCCCCCCACCCAGAAUUCACAUCAGACAAAAGCCCCAAAGAGACAGGCUGCUUUCCGCACAGACCUCUCUGUACUGUUGGAUCAGGUCGGGACAGGAAAGGAGUCCCUCAGCUUCAUGAAGCGCAGAAUUCGCCGCCUCGCACAGCAGUGGGCAACAGCUGCCAACCGUCUCGAUAUCAAGCUGGAGCAACGGUGGAGGGACCAGAAGAAGAUCCUGGUCCACGUCGGCUUCCUGACAGAGGAGUCUGGAGAUGUUUUCAGCCCCAAGGUGCUGAAGGGGGGUCCUCUGGGAGAGAUGGUCCAGUGGGCGGACAUCCUUACUGCCCUGCAUGUUUUGGGACAUAACCUCAAGAUCUCCAUGUCUGUCAAGGAGCUGCAGGGGUUCCUCGGUGUACCCCCAGGCAGAGGCAGUUGCCCGCUGACCGGCCCACUCCCCUUUGACCUCAUCUACACGGACUACCAUGGCCUGCAGCAGAUGAAGCAACACAUGGGGCUCUCACUCAAGAAACACAAAUGUCAUAUCCGAGUGAUUGACACAUUUGGGACAGAGCCAGCGUACAAUCAUGAGGAGUAUGCAACACUUCAUGGCUACCGUACCAACUGGGGUUACUGGAACCUCAACGCCAGGCAGUACAUGACCAUGUUCCCUCACACACCAGACAACUCGUUCAUGGGCUUUGUUUCCGAGGAGCUGAACGAGACGGAGAAAAGAAGCAUCCAGCAGAACAAAGUCGACAAUAUGGCCGUAGUGUACGGGAAAGAGGCCAGCAUGUGGAAGCUUCAGGGUAAAGAAAGCUUCCUGCAGAUUCUCCACAGAUACAUGGAGGUCCACGGGACAGUGUACUUUGAGACCCAGAGACCUCCAGAGGUCCCAGCCUUUGUGAAAAACCAUGGUCUUCUGCCACAGCAUGAGCUACAGCAACUGCUGCGCAAGGCCAAGCUCUUCAUUGGCUUUGGUUUCCCGUACGAAGGCCCCGCCCCUCUGGAAGCAAUAGCCAAUGGCUGCAUCUUCCUACAGCCCAAGUUCCAGCCACCUCACAGCUCACUCAAUCACGAGUUCUUCAGAGGCAAACCAACUUCUAGAGAGGUGUCCUCCCAGCACCCGUAUGCAGAGCAGUACAUUGGUAGACCUCAUGUCAUGACUGUGGAUUACAACAACUCGCUAGAGUUUGACUCUGCCAUCAGGGAAAUCAUGAGGACUAAGGUUGAGCCAUAUCUGCCUUAUGAGUACACCUGUGAGGGGAUGCUGGAGAGAGUGCAUGCCUACAUUCAGCAUCAGGACUUCUGUGCCCCUGAGCCUUCCUUUAUUCCUGCAAACAUCUCCAGACCUGGGUCUGCUGGAGGCAGCAGGAUCACAGGACCUUUAUUUGUGCCCCUUCCCAACACCACGGCCGUCGGCUGGGCGUCCAACGUGACUGCUCCCGCUGCCUGGCCUCCACUCAGCUCCCUCAGGCUGCUUGUCUCUCAAGAGGGCCAGUCCUGUGUAGAAGCGUGCAGCACAGCUGGUUUCAUCUGUGAACCUGCUCACUUCCACUUCAUCAACAACAAGGAGGCCCUCCGAGGGUUGGAGGUGCAGUGCGAGGUUGUAGACUCUGAGAUCAACCACAUCCUCCCAGCCUUCUCAGUGUUGCGGCGUGAAUGCGGUCUCCAGCGGGAACCCCUCCUCUUCAGUUGUGCUGGACACUCCCCCAAAUAUAGACGUCUUUGCCCCUGUAGAGACUUUCGUCGAGGCCAGGUGGCGCUGUGUAGAGACUGUCUAUAAUGACAGGAGAGGUGAGGGAAAGACACUGAUGAAUAGGACACAGAUUAGGGGGCACUCACUGGCUUGAACAGGUGUGGAGAUAUUACAAAGGAGCUGAUGGUGCAGAGGCAGCUUCCUCCCACAGUGGUAAAUAUAGAAUGAUGAGAAUGAGGCAUGCAUGGUUUAUUAGAGCUGAGCGGAGGCAUGAAUAGCUGCAAGGUUGUAGGUGAGAAUUUCAGUCAACUGUAGUUGUUAUUAAAGCUGUUCCAGUCUAACCAACUGCAGAUCUAAUGCAGUUAGACUUCCCUGAACAAGGCUGCAAUAACACCAGGGGGCAUUAAGACGAGGGGGAAAGACAUUUACAUUAACCCUCAAAGUUUCAGCAAUAGCUGACCAGUGAAAUGGUACUAACCACGUCAUUUUUCCAACUGCGUCACAUGAAAAACUAAGUGGCUUAAGUUUGAAAAUAUCCACUUGAAAAAUCAGUGACUGCAAAGAAACGCAGCUUUUGGAUUAUUCUGUCACUUCAUGACAGACUUCAAAUAUCUUUGCUUGGUGAAGGCAACCUCGGGUCAAUAUCCAAUCUCCUCUCUGCACUUGGACAAAGGAUGAUGGACAACCAGGUUAUCUGCCUCACUCUUUCUCCCCUCCUCCAAUGAUGAGCAGAGUCAUUUAUCAGACCGAACCCCAAGUCUGAGGCAACAUCGGUCAAUGCAAUCAUCUCUGGUCGUGGAAAAAAUGGUAGGGGGGUGGCAGAGGACAAAGAUAAA